AAUUUAUAUCCCAGUAUCUCAGACUCAAUUGUGUGAUCAGAAUAAUAUACUCCAAAAUGACGGCCCAACCCUCAACCACAGCCUCCGGGGAGAAAACCCUGGCUAUGCUAGGAUGUGGAAACCUCGGCCUUGCAAUCUUAACUGGCAUUCUCUCCUCCCUUUCAGAACCCAGCCAAACGGAAGAAACAUCCUUCAAACCCCCUACCAAAUUCAUCGCCUGUGUCCGAUCCGACCGAUCUGCAAAACGCAUCCAAACAGCUGUUAAGCCAUACCCAGGAGGCUCAGUCACAAUUCUCCAAAACGAAAACAUCAAAGCCGUUGAACAAGCCAACGUGAUCAUUCUGGGCUGUAAGCCCUACAUGGUGAAGGAAGUCCUCGCAGUUCCGGGCAUGCGCGAAGCUCUUCGAGGGAAACUCCUUAUCUCAGUCCUGGCUGGGGUCGAGGGGCGGCAGAUUGAAGAAGCGCUGUAUCAGGGCGAAUCAGUGCCGGUAUCCGAGCGAUGCACGGUUGUGCGCGCAAUGCCUAAUACGGCGGCCAUGGUACGUGAGUCCAUGACAACGAUUGGCGUGUCGGUCCCACCGUUACCGAAAGAGUGGGAUGAUUUGAUUUCGUGGAUAUUCACGCGGAUCGGCAAGAUUGUGCGACUUCCGCUGGCGCAGAUGGAUGUGUGUACGGCGUUGGCGGGCUCGGGGCCUGCCUUUGCGGCGUUGAUGUUGGAGGGGUUGGCGGAUGGGGCGGUGGCCAUGGGGCUUCCGCGUGCUGAGGCGCAGUUUAUGGCUUGUCAGGUGCUCAAGGGCACGGUUAGUAUGGUUGAGAAUGGAGAGCAUCCGGCGAUUGUCAAGGAGAAGAUUUCGUCGCCUGGGGGUUGUACGAUUGGGGGCUUGCUUGUGCUUGAGGAUGCUGCGGUCAGGGGAACGAUUGCGCGUAGUGUUCGGGAAGCAACUUGUGUUGCGAGUGAGCUAGGAAAAGGGACGCAGAGAGUUAAUGGCACCCGGCGGUGAUCUCAACAGAAUUAAUCGUUUAGAUAGAUUGCCAGUGACUUACUUCAAGAGGUGUGUGGGGCUUGGGCUGAAAAGGACAUGAUAAUGAGCGUAAUGUCACAGUUUACGAAUACAAACUGCAUUGUAUAUCACU